AUGACAAUGAUGAACCGUCUAAGACGACUCCAUCCACUGGCACGCGGAAUAUUGACUUAUUCUGUGUUAUGGCCUACGGCUAAUCUGGUACAACAAAGCUUAGAAGGACGGCGAUUCGGGUCGUUUGACUAUGGUCAAUGCGUACGAUACGGGAUCUACGGUGCACUGUACGUCGCACCGACUAUCUACGGAUGGGUUAAAAUUUCUACUAUUAUGUGGCCUAAUAUGAAUUUGAAAACAGCCUUCUUCAAAGCCAUUGUCGAACAAGUUACAUACGGUCCGUUUGCUGGCGUAAGUUUUUUGUAUAUUAUGUCUCUGGCUGAAGGAGCGACACCUGAAGGUGCAAUGCAAGAGUUAAAAUCAAAGUUCCCUCAGACUUAUAAGAUUGGGUUGACCUUCUGGCCUUUUAUUCAAACAUUCAAUUUUGCUUUUAUUCCUGAACGAAACCGGGUACCAUUUGUUGCUGCAUGCAGCUUUAUUUGGACAGUAUUUUUAGCUUCAAUUAAAAGAAAAGAAAUUAGCAUAACAAAGGACGCCUGA